AUGUCUCUACGAUUAGAAGAUGAAGAAGAUACAAAUACACAACAUUCUGCUCAUCAGCCCAGCCCUUCGGAUGAAAUGCACGAUAUCGAGUUGGAGGAAAUUAAUGCAAAGAAAAAGAAUUUGCAAUUAACACCAAGUGAUGAUGCCAAUGGUGCUGCAACAAAUGCACCAAAACAAGAAACACCAUUACCUUGGAAACAAAUUUCUAUUGUUUUCUUUAUUUAUCUAGUAGAUAGUUUGAGUAUUACUUCAAUUUUUGCAUACAUCGGAUUUAUGGUUGCCGACUUUCAUAUUGUUGCCCGAUUAGAACAAUUUGUAGUUGGUGGUGUCUUCUCUAGACCUAACAUUCAAUAUCCUGAAUUUAUGAAAUUGUUCCCUGAGUGGAUUUAUGAUUGGUGUGAAGUUUUCCCUUACUUGAUUCCAAAUAUCCUUGUCACUGUUUUGGGAUUGCUUGCUGUUGUUUUGGGAUACUUUUUCUUGGAGGAAACCAAUGUCAACAGUUCAUAUUAUAGAAAAUAUGUUUUAUCUAAAAAACCUGCUUCUGAAAUUGCAGAAAUUGAAAAGGAAUCUAAGAAAUCACUUGCUUCAAAGGCAGGUCUUGAUGAAGAACCUGUAACUACAAAGGGAAAACUCAAAUCAUUCUUCAAACAUGAAAUUUUCCAUGGUUUUGAUCCUCUUUUGACAUGUGUCUUGUACAUGUCUGUUGGUUUCAUGCAAGUCAUGUUUGAUGAAGUUUUCCCUCUCUAUGCCAUGUUACCAAUCUCUGACAAUGGCUUGAAUUUUACACCUUAUGAAAGAUUUUUCACUUUUUAUUAUUACAAAUACAAGAUUGUGGAGAGUCCCACUUCUCUCAUCCACAAUAACAGCACCAAUACCAAUAGCACCAAUGUAAUAAUACCAAAUAAUAAUUCAGUCAAUAAUGACAACAAUAGCCUAUUCGAGUAUCCUUCAAGUCAUCAUCAGCAGCAACAAGCCAAGCCAAAAUCAUCUCCGACAAGGCACGAAAAUUGUGUUAGAUUUCAACCGAGUGGUACAACAGCAAAAGAUUUGGAAAAGGCUAAACUUGAGCAGGAACAAUAUGAGAGUAAUUUGAUAUCGGCAGUUGCCUUUUUCUUGAUUGUCUUGUUUCUGAUUAUGCACUUUUUCACUCAGCAAAAGAGACAUUUUGCCAGUGAUUAUAUCUAUGGUCUGAAUAUGUCUUUAUAUUUAUUUCAUAUUCAAUUCAAUCCGAAUACAUUGAAAUUGAUCAAAUUGUCAAAUCAACACUAUCAACAACAUGAAUUUUCACAAUACCAUUUGGAUACUAUCUCACCAACAGCAAUGAAAAUGAGUAAUGGUGCAGAGGAUCAACAAUCAUCAGAAGGUGAAAAUCCAGAGGCCUACGAGGAUCAAGAUUCCAACAAUACCACCAACAGCAGCACCAUUCCACCAUCCAUUAUGGAGGAUUAUCAAAAAUCAACACCCAACGAUUUUAACUCGACACAACAAGAACAUCUCGAAGAGGAUCAUGAAAAUAAUGAAUCCUCAAUGAAAACUCUCUCCUUUUAUUCUUCAAUGGGAGAAAAUGAAUUAUCAAGUGUGGACGAUACUGAUGUACAAAUUAUGGAUGAAUGUAUUGAUGAAAAGAGAAGGGAAUAUUUUCCCUCCUCAAUAAUGAUUUUACCACCUCAUUUACAAAGACCUGAACAUUUGGAGGAAGAUAUUGAAAUUCAAGAAAGUUUGGAAAAACAAGAGAAUGAUCUCAAUCUUACAAUCAGUGUUCUCGAGGGUAUUGCCUCAGAAAGUGGAUAUGGAAUGACAAAAACUAGCAGUAAGAAUUCAACCCCAACUAAAAAGACUUCCAAUUCAAGUAAUCGAAAUAAGCGUUUAUAUUUCCAUAGGGAAAAGGAUGAUGACGAUGAUUUCAAUAAUAAUACAGAAUCCUCCUCUUUGGAAGAAACCUUUGAAGAAAAGAAGAAUAAAUAA